AUGCCGCCGUUCAACCUUGUCUCUGGUUCGGCCACGCUGGUGCUCGCCGCCUCGCUCUUCCAGCAGGCCGCCGCCCAGAGCGCUGCCAACAGCGAAGCAACCACCUCAACCGUCAUCUCGUCGAUCGUGCUCAACUUGAUCAUCUUCGCCAUCCUCUUCACCAUCUUCGUCCUCGCUCGUCCCCGCUUCAAGCGCGUCUAUGCUCCUCGAACCUACCUCGUCACCAAGGAGGAGCAGAUCGAGCCUCUGCCUCAGUCGCUCUUUGGCUGGCUUCCCGUCUGGCUCAAGACGCCCACCACCACCAUCCUCGAAAAGAGCGGUCUCGACUCCUACAUGUUCAUCGAGUACCUCGAGAUGAUGCUCUGGAUCUUUGUCCCCAUCUGGCUUCUCUCCUGGAUCGUCCUCAUGCCCGUUUACGGCGCCGGAACCACCGGCACCGGCACCGGCUUCAACCGUUUCAUUCUCUCUCGUGUCGGCAAGAGCCCCCAGCAGCAGAAGCGAUACGUGGCUCCUCUGCUCAUCCAGUGGAUCUUUACCUUCUGGCUCAUGUGGAACGUCCGUUCGCGCAUGUCCAAGUUCAUCAAGCUGCGCCAGCAAUUCCUCGUCUCGCCUGAGCACGCCAACACCGCACAGGCAAAGACCGUCCUCAUCACUGGCAUCCCCAACGAGCUCUGCAGCGAGAAGAAGCUCCGCAGCAUCUACUCGCAGCUCCCCGGCGGUGUCGCCAAGAUCUGGCUCAACCGCAACCUCAAGGAGCUCCCAGACCUCUACGAUGAGCGCGAGAAGUGGGUCAACAAGCUCGAAGGUGCCGAGACCAGCCUGAUCAAGACCGCCUACAAGCUCGUUAAGAAGGGCAAGGCCGAGGACAACAGUGGCUCCCUUCCUGGUGCCGACGUCGAGAUCAACGCCGAGGUCGCCGACCAGUACGUGCCCAAGAAGAAGCGUCCCACUCACAAGCUCGGCAAGAUUCCCUGCAUGGGUGAAAAGGUCGACACCAUCCACUGGUGCCGUGAGGAGAUUGCUCGUCUCAACAAGGAGAUCGAGAGGAUGCGCUCCGAGAUCAACGUCGACUACAAGAACUACCCUCCUCAGAGCAGUGCUUUCAUCCUCUUCAACACUCAGAUCGCCGCUCACAUGGCCGCCAAGGCGGUCGCUCACCACGAACCCUACCGCAUGACCAACCGCUAUGUCGAGGCUCACCCCGAUGAUGUUGUCUGGGCCAACAUGAACAUGAACCCCUACGAGCGCAAGAUUCGCACCCUCAUUGGCUGGGCCAUCACCAUCGGCCUCAUCGUUUUCUGGGCCGUUCCUGUCGCUUUCGUCGGUAUCGUCUCCAACAUCAAGGGACUUGCCAACAAUGACACUGUACCCUUCCUGGGCUGGCUCAACAGCAUUCCCAACGUCGUUGUCGGUAUCAUUCAGGGUAUCUUGCCCACCGUCCUGCUUGCCGUGCUCAACAUGCUGCUGCCCAUCUUCCUGCGUCUCCUCUCGCGACUCAGCGGCACGCCCACCCGCAGUGCCAUCGAACUCGACCUCCAGGGACGAUUCGCUGCUUUCCAGAUCGUGCAGAACUUCCUCUUCUUGACCUUGAUCUCGGGUAACGCCGGUCAGAUUGCUCAAUUCGUCACUCAGGUCGGUCAGAACCCUGCCAACUUCCCCGGUCUUCUCGCUGAGGCCAUCCCCAAGGGUUCGCUCUUCUUCCUCAGCUUCAUCGCCCUGACCGGUCUGUCGGGCGCCGCCUCGCUCUUUGCGCAGGUGGCCGGUCUCGCCGUCUACUACGUCAAGAAGUUUUUGCUCGCCUCGACGCCUCGCAAGGUGUGGCACAUCGACCACGACACUGGCGCUCCGGCUUGGGGUACCUUGUUCCCCCAGAUGACGCUCAUCACCGUCAUCGGCAUCGGUUACGUGGUCAUUGCGCCCAUCGUCAACAUCUUUGUGGUGUUCACCUUCUUCCUCUUCUACCUCGGCUACAAGUACCUCUUCCUCUAUGUCUACGACAACAAGCCGGCGGGCGAGACCUCGGGUCUCUUCUUCGGCAAGGCCAUCCGCCACCUGUUUGCCGGCCUGUACGUCGAGAUGGUGAUGCUCACGGCCAUCUUCUUCCUGGCUCAGUCGGAGGAUGCCAACGGAGGCAACAGGAUGCAGUCGGCGAUUCCCGAGGGUGCUUUCAUGAUCAUCCUCAUUGUGAUCGUGAUGGGCUUCCACUACUUCCUCAACGACUCGUUCAAGGAGCUCGAGACGGCCCUCCCUCUCACGCUCACGGCCGGCAACUCGACCGAGGGCCAGCUGCAGGGCAACUUCACGCGCACCUCGGGCGAGACGGCGUACACCGAGAAGAGGCACAUCAACGCGCAGGGUUCGCCCGACGAGACCCCCGGUGCCGGUGUCAACGGUCUGCAGCCGCACGGUGUCAACGGUGCCGGUGUCGGCAGCGCCGAGAAGCACCAGUCGGCGGGCGGCUUGACGCCGGAGCAGGAGCAGGCGUUCUUCCAUCCUUCGCUCACAGGUGAGCAGAAGCCCAUCUGGUUGCCCAACGACAAGUUCGGCAUCGGCCGCGCCGGCGUCGCCUCGGCUCGCAAGGCCGGCCUCGAUGCCACCUACGAGCACACCUCGGUCACCGAGAAGGGCCAGGUCGAGACCGACGCUUAUGAGCCCCCCGGAGAGCCGCUCGUCUGA